UUCCGGCCCCCUUCCGCGAAAGUUUCUCUCCCAUUUUGCAUUGUGGCUCUUGCUGUAAUCGUCGUUUCCAUCCAGUUAUCUCGUUGUGUGAGGCGGAAAUGCUUCACACGGCGCCAUUUGCAGGAAAUUUCUAUUUCAAGGUUGGUUUUUCAUAGGAAGCGAGGGAUUGUUUGCCAAGUGACUGGGACAGAGACUGAUCCAGAAAGUAACAAUGAUAAGGAAAAAGAAACACCUACAGAUAGAGAAAUGCAACUUCUCAAUGAUCCACCUACACUAGCUAAUCCACAAGCUGAUUCUCAGCCUCUUGUUGUUGAUGAAGACAAGGACCAAUUAGUCAGGAUUGAAAUGCUAGAUUCAAUGAAUGCAGUCGAAGAUAGCGGUGGAGAAUCUAAGGAUCAAACUGACGUCCAGGAGACUGUUGAUCUAGAAGUUGCAAGUGGAUCUCCUCUACCGGGUGUGAUGCAAUUGAGGGAACUGAUCAGAAUCCCAAAGGAAACAAUUGACAUUUUUAGGGACCAAGUUUUUGGUUUUGAUACCUUUUUCGUUACAAGCCAGGAGCCGUAUGAGGGUGGAGUAAUGUUCAAAGGGAACUUGAGAGGGAAGGCUGAUAAAAGUUAUGAAAAGAUAACAAAAAGGAUGGAGGAUAAAUUUGGGGAUCAAUAUAAGGUUUUCCUUCUCAUCAAUCUAGAGGAUGAUAAGCCAGUCGCGGUAGUUGUUCCAAGAAAGACCUUGCAGCCAGAGACAACUGCGGUCCCAGAAUGGUUUGCUGCAGGUGCUUUUGGACUGGUCGCUAUUUUCACCGUACUUCUCCGCAAUGUACCUGCACUGCAAUCAAAUUUACUGUCUACUUUUGACAAUCUUGGGUUAUUGAAGGAUGGCCUCCCUGGAGCCCUUACCACUCUACUUGUUUUGUUUGCACAUGAACUUAGCCACAUUUUAAUUGCUAGAGGGACUGGAAUAAAGCUUGGUGUGCCAUACUUUGUUCCUAGUUGGCAGAUAGGUUCCUUUGGUGCCAUUACGAGGAUUGUUAGUAUUGUGACUAAGCGUGAGGAUCUUCUAAAGCUUGCAGCUGCUGGACCUUUGGCUGGAUUCUCCAUUGGUCUUGUUCUUAUGCUGUUAGGGUUUAUCUUACCACCGAGUGAUGGUAUUGGCAUUGUAGUUGAUGCAUCAGUCUUCCAUGAGUCCCUUCUUGCAGGUGGCAUAGGUAAGAACCUUGAUCUACAUUCAUUUGAUAUUUUAUGGUAAUGUGCGUUUACAUCGGAAUGAUUGGGUAUCCAAUGAUGAU